CUGGGAACGGACGGAGCGGCGGGGCGGAGCGGUGUUUGCAAUGGCUGCUACUGUGAACUUGGAACUUGACCCUAUUUUUUUGAAAGCACUAGGUUUCUUACAUUCAAAGAGUAAAGAUUCUGCUGAGAAACUGAAAGCACUACUUGAUGAGUCCUUGGCCCGGGGUGUUGAUGCGAGUUACCGUCCAUCUCAAAAGGAUGUGGAGCCACCCAAAAUUUCAAGCACAAAAGCUAUUUCUAUUAAGCAAGAGCCCAAAACAUCAUCCAUCUUUUCAGGCAAUAAUAAUGGCAAGGUCCUCACAACUGAAAAGGUAAAGAAGGAAGCUGAAAAGAGACCUGCUGAUAAAAUAAAAUCAGAUGUUACUGAAGGAGCUGAUAUUCCAAAGAAACCUAGACUAGAGAAAUCCGAGACGCGGUCCUCUCCCAUUACUGUCCAAACCAGCAAGGAUUUAGCUAUAGCUGACCUUUCCAGUUUUGAAGAGACCAGUGCUGAUGAUUUUGCUAUGGAGAUGGGACUGGUCUGUGUUGUUUGUAGGCAGAUGACAGUAGCAUCUGGUAAUCAAUUAGUCGAAUGUCAAGAAUGCCAUAAUCUGUACCACCAAGACUGCCAUAAACCCCAGGUAACAGACAAGGAAGUGAAUGACCCUCGCCUGGUGUGGUAUUGUGCCCGAUGUACCAGACAGAUGAAAAGAAUGGCUCAAAAAACUCAGAAACCACCACAGAAACCAGCUCCUACAGUUGUUUCUGUAGCUCCAGCUGUCAAAGAUCCAUUGGUUAAGAAACCAGAAACUAAACUCAAGCAAGAGACAACUUUCCAAGCAUUCAAGAGAACAGAAGUCAAGACAUCCACGGUUAUUUCAGGACAUUCUUCUAGUACCAGUGUUUCCUCUUCGGUAACUAGUGGCCUAACGGGGUGGGCAGCGUUUGCAGUCAAAACAUCUUCUACUGGUCCCUCAACAGCAAAAUUGAGUUCUACAACACAAAACAACAGUGGAAAACCUGCUGCCUCAUCAGCCAGCCAGAAGCCUGUGGGUUUGACUGGUCUGGCAACAUCUUCCAAAGGUGGAAUAGGUUCUAAAAUAGGUUCCAAUAAUAGUUCAACACCCACUGUACCACUGAAACCACCUCCACCUCUGACCUUAGGCAAAACUGGCCUUAGUCGCUCGGUUAGUUGUGAUAAUGUCAGCAAAGUAGGUCUUCCCAGUCCAAGUAGUUUAGUUCCAGGAAGCAGCAACCAACUAAGUGGGAAUGGAAAUAGUGGGACAUCAGGCCCUGGUGGAAGUACCACUAGUAAAAGUACUUCAGAAUCUAGUAGCUCUUCCUCAGCAUCCCUUAAAGGUCCAACUUCACAAGAAUCACAGCUCAAUGCUAUGAAGAGAUUACAGAUGGUUAAGAAGAAAGCCGCCCAAAAGAAACUCAAGAAAUAGGGUGUCCAAACAGUUGUGAUGUUAUAGUACCCAAAAGGUAAAAACUUAUUACUAGAACAUAUAUUGUUAAAUGUACUGUAAUUUAAUAAAAAU